CUCCUUGCAGGUGAUAAGACUCCAAGUCAGGUGGGGCCGGGCUCCCCCAGCCAUCCACCAUGGUGGUGGCACAUCCCACUGCCACCGCCACCACCACGCCCGCUGCCACGGUCACGGCCACCGUCAUAAUGACCACGGCCACCAUGGACCUGCGGGACUGGCUGUUCCUGUGCUACGGGCUCAUCGCCUUCCUGACGGAGGUCAUCGACAGCACCACAUGCCCCUCGGUGUGCCGCUGCGACAACGGCUUCAUCUACUGCAACGACCGGGGGCUCACCUCCAUCCCCGCCGACAUCCCCGACGAUGCCACCACCCUCUACCUGCAGAACAACCAGAUCAACAAUGCCGGCAUCCCCCAGGACCUCAAGACCAAGGUCAAUGUGCAGGUCAUCUACCUGUACGAGAACGACCUGGACGAGUUCCCCGUGAACCUGCCCCGCUCCCUGCGGGAGCUGCACCUGCAGGACAACAACGUGCGCACCAUCCCCAGGGACUCGCUGGCCCGCAUCCCGCUGCUGGAGAAGCUGCACCUGGACGACAACUCCGUGUCCACCGUCAGCAUCGAGGAGGACGCCUUUGCCGACAGCAAGCAGCUCAAACUGCUCUUCCUGAGCCGCAACCACCUGAGCAGCAUCCCCUCGGGGCUGCCCCGCACGCUGGAGGAGCUGCGGCUGGAUGACAACCGCAUCUCCACCAUCCCGCUGCACGCCUUCAAGGGCCUCAACAGCCUGCGGCGCCUGGUGCUCGACGGCAACCUGCUGGCCAACCAGCGCAUCGCCGACGACACCUUCAGCCGCCUGCAGAACCUCACCGAGCUCUCGCUGGUGCGCAACUCGCUGGCCGCCCCACCCCUCAACCUGCCCAGCGCCCACCUGCAGAAGCUCUACCUGCAGGACAACGCCAUCAGCCACAUCCCCUCCAACACGCUGGCCAAGAUGCGCGAGCUGGAGCGCCUGGACCUGUCCAACAACAACCUCACCACGCUGCCCCGCGGCCUGUUCGACGACCUGGAGAACCUGGCCCAGCUGCUGCUCCGGAACAACCCCUGGUUCUGCGGCUGCAACCUCAUGUGGCUGCGGGACUGGGUGAAGGCGCGGGCGGCCGUGGUCAACGUGCGCGGCCUCAUGUGCCAGGGCCCCGAGAAGGUGCGGGGCAUGGCCAUCAAGGACAUCACGAGCGAGAUGGACGAGUGCUUCGAGACGGGGUCCCAGGGAGGCACGGUCAACGCCGCCACCAAGACCACGGCCAGCAACCAUGCCUCCACCACCACACCCCAGGGCUCGCUCUUCACCCUCAAGGCCAAGAGGCCGGGGCUGCGCCUCCCCGACUCCAACCUUGACUACCCCAUGGCCACGGGCGAUGGGGCCAAGACCCUGGUCAUCCACGUGAAGCCCCUGACGGCGGACUCGAUCCGCAUCACGUGGAAGGCCAUGCUCCCCGCCUCCUCCUUCCGGCUCAGCUGGCUGCGCCUGGGCCACAGCCCUGCCGUGGGCUCCAUCACGGAGACUCUGGUGCAGGGGGACAAGACGGAGUACCUGCUGACGGCCCUGGAGCCCAAGUCCACCUAUAUCAUCUGCAUGGUCACCAUGGAGACCGGCAACACCUACGUGGCCGACGAGACGCCCGUGUGUGCCAAGGCAGAGACGGCCGACAGCUAUGGCCCCACCACCACGCUCAACCAGGAGCAGAAUGCGGACCCCCUGGCGGGCCUGCCCCUGGCGGGCAUCAUCGGGGGCGCCGUGGCCCUCGUCUUCCUCUUCCUGGUCCUGGGGGCCAUCUGCUGGUACGUGCAUCGGGCCGGCGAGCUGCUGACCCAGGAGCGGGCUUACAACCGGGGCAGCCGGAAAAAGGAUGACUAUAUGGAGUCGGGGACCAAGAAGGAUAACUCCAUCCUGGAAAUCCGCGGCCCCGGGCUGCAAAUGCUGCCCAUCAACCCUUACCACGCCAAAGAGGAGUAUGUGGUCCAUACCAUCUUCCCCUCCAAUGGCAGCAGCCUUUGCAAGGGCACGCACACCAUCGGCUACGGCACCACGCGGGGCUACCGGGACGCUGGCAUCCCUGACAUAGACUAUUCCUACACAUGAUGCCAGCCUCCUGGGCCGUCCCCGCCCCAGCUCCCGCUGUCCUCCUGGCGUGGUGACGACGUGGCUUUGCCCAGCCUGCUGCCGUCCGACAGAGCAAGGAUAAGAAUUUCCACGAUGACUUUCCCAGCAGAAAGCAAAGUCUGGGGAGGGUUGACGAUUUUGUAGAACACAACCGGGAAAAAAAUUUUUUUUUUUAAAGAAUAAAAGGCAGGAAGGGGAUUUGAUGCAGCUGAAGACAUAAUUUAUACGGAAUUAUGCCAGUUGAGGAAGGAAAAACUAAAAAUAAUAUUGCAGGAAGGGUUGGGCCGGGGUUUUUUUUCCCGAACUAGAAAGAUGCUACCUGUACCACGUCUGUGUGCGCCUCAUGCUCUGUUCAGGGCCGUCACAAAGGAACCGUCAGAGAGAAGCAGCCGCCACGCGAAGCCCCCACACAGCUCUCUCGCUGCCGGCUGCUCGCUGGCGACGACGUGAUGGAAGGUUUUCAGGCUCCUCACAAAGGAGAGGGGGAAGAAAGGAUCUUUUGCUAUGGAGAUGCUGUCCUGAAACCUCUUCCCUGGUUCUUUCCAUCUCAUUUCCCUUACAGAUUUGCAGAAAUAUCGCGUCUUUCAAUGCAUUCUUUGAACAAUGAUGUAGUCGAUUAAAAAACAAACUCUUUUUCCUAGCCUGAAACCCUCUUCGACACCGUGCCCCGUACUCCGUGGUAGCCCCAUGGGAGUGGUGGCUUUCCCAGCCACUGGGAGGUGCGUCUAUCUACCUGUCUGUCUCUAUGUGGCGUCUCUAAAUACAGAUGGGUAGAUAGAGCCACGUAUCCGGUCCUCGCGGUACCUCUUGGGUCAGUUUGUCCAAUUUCCUGAGACAACAGAGUCGCGAAACCGUUGCUUUCUCCUAGAAAUUAUUGAGUAAGUAGACAAGGUGCGUUGGGGAUGGGAGUGGGCAGGCCAUGAUGCUGUUCAUACAGGUGGCAGUGUGUCUGUCCUGGACGGGUGGCUAGGGAGACCCCGGGCAGGGGAUGCUUUCAGUCUGAUCCUAUCUCAGGUCGGCCAGAGCUGGGCCGUGCUCCUUUCUGAUCUAGAGAAGAGCUUUCUUUGACUACAGGUGUCCUC